AUGACUGAAACAAAAGAGAUCCUCCUCUUUGGAGAUCAAACCAACCCGUUUGAUGAUGGUAUACGCAAGCUAUUUCAACGCAAAGACAACAUCUUUGUGGAAGCGUUCUUGAAAAGAGCAACUUUUGCUGUCAGGGAAGAGAUUGGGAAAUUGCCGUCUUUAUUGCGGGCCGAAUUCCCUCGAUUCAGCUCUAUUCUUGACCUCUUGACGCGGUACAGGAAAAUCCAAGACAAUCCCGCCCUCGAAGGAGCAUUGACUUGUGUCCAUCAGAUCGCAACGUUCAUAGCCUAUUAUGGCGAAGAAGCACGAGUAUACCCGUUGGCUUCCGGUUCAUACUUCAGUGGCCUUUGUACGGGACUACUUGCAGCAGCAGCCAUCAGCUCUGCUCAUGCUGUCUCGGACCUCAUUCCUGUUGCAGUGGAGACGGUGCUGAUCGCCUUUCGGACCGGUCUCCGUACCCUACAAAUGCGUGAUCGGAUCUGUAGAAGGUCAACGAAGCAUGACUGGUCUGUAGUCGUCUCAGGAAUAGACGAAGGCACAGCUACACCUGCGCUGCGAGAAUUUUCGCAAAUUAACGGUGUCCCAAAAUACUCAGAGCCAUACGUUAGUGCCAUCAACGCAAACAGCGUCACAGUGAGUGGCGGUCCACAAAUACUUGAAAAGCUGCUGCAACAUCAACCAUUCGUCGCUCAAAAAACAAAAUUUGUGCCCGUACAUUCACCAUAUCAUGCUCCACAUCUUUACAAGGAAAAGGACAUCGAUGCCAUUUUCGCACAAAGCUCUAGCGAUGUUUACACAACUUACGUUCCCAAAAUUCCAAUAAUUUCUAGCACGACCGGAGAAAUCGUCCAGUAUAGCAGCUUUGGCGAGCUCAUUCGGGCUUGCCUACGCGAGAUCCUUCUCCAGCCCUUUAAUUUCGAGAAGGUCUUCCAGGCUUGCGAUCAGAUAGCAAAGUCGUCCGACGCGAUAUGCAAUCUCAUUCCCAUUGCGACAAAUGCAAUCCAAGCCCUCAACUCUGCACUCCGUCAAGCUGGGAAUGCAGUCGAAGUCAAUGCCAUUGCCGGCGCUGUCCCACCAUGGGAGUCAUUGAAGACAGGCCGUCCUGAACAGUCAAAGAUCGCUAUUCUUGGCAUAUCCGGAAGAUUUCCAGAAGCGGAGUCUACUGAGGCGUUUUGGGACUUACUCUAUCAAGGGCUUGAUGUUCACCGAGAAGUCCCACCAGAGCGUUUCGAUGUAAAAACUCAUGUCGAUCCCACGGGCAAGAAGAAGAACACAAUGGCAACAUCAUAUGGGUGCUUCAUUCCGAACCCCGGUCAUUUUGAUGCCAGAUUUUUCAAUAUGUCGCCUAAGGAAGCUGCUCAAUGCGAUCCUGCUCAACGGUUGGCUCUGCUUACUGCUUACGAAGCUUUAGAGCAAGCUGGUUUUGUCGCAAAUCGAACACCAUCUUCGCAGCGUGAUCGUGUUGGCGUGUUCUAUGGUACCUGUUCAGAUGAUUGGCGAGAGGUCAAUGCGUCUCAAAACAUUGAUACAUACCAUAUUCCGGGUGGUAUUCGCGCUUUUGUUCCUGGACGCGUCAACUACCAUUUUAAAUUCUCGGGUCCUAGCAUAGAUGUUGACACAGCCUGUUCCUCGAGUCUUGCAGCUAUUCACACUGCUUGCAACGCUCUUUGGCAUGGUGAUUGCGAUACUGCCCUUACCGGCGGUACGAACGUCCUCACAAACCCCGACCUAUUUACUGGUCUAGAUCGUGGGCACUUCCUGUCACGGACAGGUAACUGCAAGACUUUCGACGAUGGCGCUGAUGGAUACUGCCGUGCUGAUGCUGUUGGCUCCGUUUUGCUCAAGAGACUGGAAGACGCUGAAGCCGAUAAUGACCCAAUACUUGGAGUGAUUCUCGGAGCUGGGACCAAUCAUUCUGCAGAAGCUGUCUCUAUUACCAGACCAGAUAUGGGAGCACAGGCCUCCCUUUUCGAUAAAGUACUCAAUCAGACCAACGUGGACGCGAAAGACAUUAGUUACAUCGAGAUGCAUGGUACGGGUACACAGCACGGCGAUGCCGUCGAAAUGUCAUCUUGUCUUGGUACAUUUGCGCCAGACGCCAAAUUUCGCAAGGAUUCACUGCACCUAGGCUCAGCCAAGGCUAAUAUUGGGCAUGCUGAGGCCGCCUCAGGAGUUUCUGGACUUAUUAAAGUUAUGCUCAUGAUGAGAGAAAACAUGAUCCCCCCACAUUGUGGGAUCAAAACCAAGAUCAAUCACAACUUCCCUAAAGACCUUACUCAGCGCGAUGUCCACAUUGCAUUCAAGCCAACUCCGUGGGAACGACCUGCUGGCAAGAAGCGUAGAGCCUUUCUCAACAACUUCUCGGCUGCUGGUGGCAACACAGCUCUACUGCUAGAAGACGCUCCCCACCGAAAGGUUGAAGACAAAAACCCACGACCUCUGCAUGUUGUUGCAGUUUCCGGGCGCUCUAUCAAUGCCGCUCAGAACAACGCCCAGAAUCUGAUCAAACACAUCAGCAGCAACCGUUUAUCUAUAGCAAGUUUAUCUUAUACUACGACUGCUCGUCGUUUGCAUAGUACUUAUCGCCUCAUGGUCAGUGGCUCUGACCUCGAUCAAAUUGCCACAAGCCUUGAGAAAGCAGCAAACGAGAGCAUCACCUCUAUCCCCGCUGCUCCUAAUCAUAUAGCGUUCGCUUUCACAGGUCAAGGCUCGCAGUAUUUAGGAAUGGGGAAGCAAUUAUACAAGGGUUUCUCCACCUUCUGGUCGUACAUGCAGCAACUUGAUUGUAUUGUGAGAUAUCAAGGGUAUACCAGCAUUUUACCAAUUAUCGAGGGCAGUCCAGAAGCAACCGAUAUCUCUCAGGUUUCUCCAGUCACUUCCCAGCUUGCAAUGACCUGUUUGCAGAUGGCUCUUGCAAGGCUCUGGAUAUCAUGGGACGUAAAUCCGAGCGUAGUCAUUGGUCAUAGUCUGGGAGAGUACGCUGCUCUCAAUGUUGCCGGUGUCCUGUCCCCUACUGACGCUAUCUAUCUCUGUGGUAAGAGAGCUACACUCCUUGUGGACAAGUGCAAGGCUGGCACGCACAGCAUGCUAGCUGUGAAAGCGUCUGCUUCUCGCAUAAGUCCAUUCAUCGAAGGCCAGCCUUGUGAGAUUGCCUGCAUCAAUGGGCCUGAGGAAACUGUGAUCAGCGGUACCAAUGAAGAUUUGGAUUCAUUUGCUCAGGAUCUUUCAAAUGCCGGUAUAAAGGCGACGAAACUUCGUGUGCCUUUUGCCUUCCACUCUGCUCAAGUCGAGCCGAUCUUAAAGGAGUUUGAAGAAUCUGCUCGUGGUAUCACCUUCAACAAGCCCUCGGUUCCAAUUAUCUCACCCUUACUCGGCAAAGUCAUCACUGAAGCUGGUACAUUUGGUCCGCAAUAUCUUGCAAGACAUUGCAGAGAAGCCGUCAACUUCCUUGGCGGUCUCUAUGCAGCCAAGGAAGCUCAUCUUAUCAACGACUCGGAUAUCUCGAUAGAAAUUGGGCCUCACACAGUGUGCUCAGGCAUGAUCAAGUCGACAUUCGGAGCUAAGUUCACAGCAUUACCAUCUCUGCGUCGCAAAGAGGAUACUUGGAAGCUCAUUUUGGGCACUCUUUCCACGCUUCAUGCCUUGGGCAGUGAGAUUAACUGGAAUGAAUAUCAUCGCGACCAUGAACAAUAUCAUGAGGUCUUACAGCUGCCCUCGUACAGUUGGGACCUCAAGAACCAUUGGAUUCAAUAUGCGAACGAUUGGUGCUUGUACAAAGGCGAUGCGCAACCUGCCAUCAUGGGCACAGAAAAUCCAAGCAAGCCAACAUUGUCUACAACCUCUGUUCAGAAAGUCGUUGAGGAGUCGGGGGACGACAAGGGGGCUUCCAUUACGAUUGAGUCGGAUAUUGCGGACGACGCACUGUAUCAGGUAUUGCAAGGGCACAAGGUUAACGGAGCGGCUCUCUGUCCAUCGACUGUUUGGGCUGAUAUUGCCUUGACCAUUGGCGAUUAUCUUGUCCACCGCUACAACCCCAAUAGCCGUAAUAGCUCGCUAGAUAUCGCGGAUAUGUCGGUUGUGAAGCCACUCAUUGCCAGCAAAGACCAAAGCACGCAGCUCGUUCGUGCAGUUGCCAAAGUCGACUGGUUCAUGAAUGCAGGGAGAGUCGAAAUAUUCAGCGUCAACACGGACGGCAAGAAGACAACGGACCACGCAUCCUGUGCCUUACGAUACGGCGAUGGCCACACAUGGCAAGCAGAAUGGCAGCGUGCUGCUUAUCUGAUUCAACCUCAACUCACGCGCUUACGUGAAGAUGUUGACACAGGAAAUACUAACCUCAUGAAGCGAGGCAUGGCUUACCGUGUCUUUAGCUCAAUGGUCGAGUAUGCCCCUGCAUUCCGUGGUUUCGAGGACGUCAUUCUGGAUAGCAAGGAGCUUGAAGGUACGGCGCAUGUCAAGUUUCAGACUUAUGAGGAACAAGAAAAUUUCUUAUUCUCCCCGUAUUGGCUUGAUUCUCUAGGACAUUUGUCUGGAUUUGUCAUGAACGGCAAUGAUGCUGUUGAUCUCAAGAAGACAGCUUACAUCAAUCAUGGAUGGGAGUCUGUCAAGUUUGCUGAUAUCCGGCAUUUCGAUUCCUCGACGACUUACCAGACAUAUGUGAAAAUGCAACCUUUCGAUGAUAGCACUUUCAUUGGUGAUGUAUUCAUAUUCAACGAAGCCAAGAUUGUCGGCCUUUACAAGGGUAUCAAAUUCCAAGGUAUUCCACGCCGUAUCUUAGAUAGUGUUCUGCCGCCUGCGAAUGGUGCCAGAUCGACUGCUUCACCCCCCAAAGUUGCACCAAAGAAGGCUGUGCAAGCGCCAAAGAAAGUCGAUCUCUCUCCAUCGCCUCCUGCAGGUCCUCCAGUGCUUGACCAAGCUAUGAAUAUCCUUGCGGAAGAGAUUGGCAUUUCUCGGGAAGAGCUUUCAGAUGAGACCGAAUUCAACGACAUUGGCGUAGAUUCACUGCUUUCCUUGACGAUCUCGGGAAGAUUCAAGGAGCAGCUGAACAUUGACACCGAGUCUUCUAUCUUCACAGAAUGCCCUAGCGUGGGUCACUUCAAAACAUACUUCUCGAAAACCCACAGCGGCGCUUCCACCGCAGCCCAGUCGACUGCACCAUCUACGCCGGCCAUCGGCUCCUCAGAUGACGGACAAGAGUUAGCCAACGACUCAGGUCUUACGACUCCAGACAGUGAGAACACGGAAGACGGACCAGCCGACAAGACAAUGUCCAUGAUAAAAGAAAUAAUCAUUGAAGAAACCGGUGUUGACAUAGGCGAACUCACUCACGAUGCCGACUUUGGCGAGCUGGGCAUGGACUCCCUCAUGAUCCUCACAAUCACAGGCCGUAUGCGAGAAGACCUCCCCCAGGUCGAAAUAUCCGACACCUUCUUCACCGACAACAGCACUCUCCACAAAAUCGCUGACACCCUAGGCCUCGCUCCGAAAGGAGAGAAGAUAGUCGCUCCUCCUGCUCCUGCACCUCAAGUCGUCUCCACCCCGCCCUCCGCGCCAGCCACCACAAAUACGCCUAAAUCAUCGUCCAUCCUCUUAUCAGGAAACCCCCAAACCGCCACCCAAACCCUCUGGCUCUUCCCCGACGGCUCCGGCUCCGCAACCUCCUACACCUCCAUGCCCGCCGCCUCCUCUACCAUCGCAAUCUACGGCCUAAAUUGUCCCUUCAUGAAAACCCCUGAGCAACUAACCUGUUCCCUCGAAGGACUCACAGCGCCCUACCUGACAGAAAUAAAGCGGCGCCAGCCAACAGGCCCAUACAAUCUCGGCGGCUGGUCCGCAGGCGGAAUCUGCGCCUACGACGCCGCCCAGACACUCACCUCUCAAGGCGACAAAGUUGAACGCCUCAUCUUCAUCGACUCGCCCUUCCCCAUCGGCAUCGACGCCCUCCCAGCUUCCCUCUACGAUUUCUUCAAAUCCGUCGGCCUCUUCGGCGGCGGCUCGCCCCCGGAUUGGCUGAUCAAGCAUUUCCUCUCCUUCACGCAGGCUUUGGACAAAUAUUCCGCGAAAGCAGUACCGUUCUCGCAGGGGCAGGGGCAGAGCGUGCCGAAAGCGCAUUUCAUCUGGGCGGCUGAUGGGGUGCUGAAGGAUACGGAAGGGAGGAAGCCCGAGGGAUAUACGAAUACGGCGGGGAAGGAUGGCAGGGAGAUGAGAUGGUUGCUGGAGCAGCGCUCGGAUUUCAGCACGAAUGGUUACGCUGGCUUGCUGGGUGGGGAGGAGAAUUGUAGAAUUGAGGUCGUGCAGGGCGCGAAUCAUUUCAGUAUGAUGGAGAGGAGGGAGAAGGCGAGUGAGGUUGCGGCGUUUUUGAGACGGAGUAUGGAGAGUGCUGCUUGA